AUGCCGGAUGCUCCUUAUAAAAUGAGAGGUUGGUUUCAAGAAGCAGAAGAAGGCUAUGCACCACCAGAGGAUAGCGGGAUCGAGGCCUGCAACGAGUGUUGUAGAAACCAAAACAUCGAAGAAUCGUUAGCAAGUCCAAUUCCCUCUAUUCGUCAGCUUGUCAAUGAUAACUUCACAAUUAAUUUGCAGCCCAUUCUUAAAGUCACGGGAAAGUGGCUUAAGUUGAAGAUUCCAGACCAACUAGGAAUGAAACCUGCAGACUCGUUGUCGAAACUACCAAUGCAAGAAACUUCUCAACUCUCUGCUGCUGUAGAACUACCGAAAACUGCUACCAAUGGUUCUAAUAAACUGAAAUCAAUACAAGCUGAACUCGAUCAUUUGCUAAUAGAGAAGAAAAAGGCGGACUUCAGUUUGGCAGAAAUUGAGUUUUCGAUAUACAAUUUUGAAGGAUCUUACCUAAAAGAGACUCACAACGGCAAGGGAAACUUAUUGCGUGGGUUCUUCGGUAAAGUGCCGAAAAGUGCGUUAGAUAAGAACGACCUGAAAAAGUUCGAGGUUAGGGAAGAGGACCGAAUUUUCUCGAGAUCUUCGUGGGUGAAAUUGCAUUUUCUCUGUAUUGAAUAUGUUCAAUGUGUUUCUCCUUCAUUAACCAAUCAUAAAAUGUACAUCUUUGUAAAGGGUGACUUAUGA